UGAACAUGUGUGCUCGCUGCCCUCUUUUACUCAAGUCAGUUGUGUGUUAGCUGCGACUGUAAUGGGAAAGCACAGCUAGCUAGCUAGCGACCAACAACAGCGGACCAGGUGGUAGGUCUCUCAGCGCUCGGAUAAGCCGUGCUCCGCUUCACCUGUCCCGGGGAGUUCGAGAACCAGCGAGGAGCGCCGACCUACUUCACCGCUGUGGGUGCUGCUAAUUACAAGCUAACGUCAGCUAACCAGCUGCAGACUCUCCUAAACAAAAAUGGCCACUGUUUCAAUUCCUGCUUGUACCAGUGCACUCUUGCUGGAUAUCGAGGGAACAACAACACCAAUCACAUUUGUCAAGGAUAUCUUAUUUCCGUACAUCCGGGAGCAUCUGGAGGAGUAUUUGUCCAAUCACUGGGAGGAAGACGAGUGCAAACAAGAUGUUCAUCUGCUAAAGAAACAGAUCGAAGAGGACAUGAGGCAGCACCGGUCGUGCCCCGUCCACACCGUGGACCAGACGGUGCACACGGACGAGGAGAAGGCCAUCAGGGAGGUGGUGGAUAAUGUGCUGUGGCAGAUGGCAGCAGACAGGAAGUCCACAGCACUCAAACAGAUCCAGGGUCACAUGUGGCGGGCGGCGUAUGCUUCUGGGAGAAUCAAAGGCGAGGUCUACCAGGACGUGACUCCGUCCAUCAGAAGGUGGAGAAGUCAGGGCUUAAAAGUGUUCAUUUACUCGUCUGGAAGCGUGGAGGCACAGAAACUUCUGUUUGGAUACUCGGUGGAGGGAGAUGUUUUAGAUCUAUUAGAUGGUCACUUUGACACCAGUAUAGGAGCCAAAGUGGACGGUAAAAGCUACGAGAGGAUUGCGGAGCGCAUUGGCUGUCCGACCGAGGAGAUCACCUUCCUGACCGACAUCACUCGGGAGGCGAAGGCGGCGGAAGAAGCCGGCAUGAACGUGGUGUUGGUGGUCCGGCCCGGGAACAUGGAGCUGACGGAUGACGAGCGGUCCCACUACAGCCUGGUCACCUCCUUUAGCCAGCUGGAAGUGACGGGACGUGUUUAACGCGGGGCAGGGGGCGGGGGCGCCGCCGCCGCCGCAGCCUCUGACUCCAUCUCCCCAAACCUUCCCCUCUUUUUGCCCUCCUCCUCCUCCCUCCUUUUUGCAACUCUUCAUGUGUUUGCUUGUGGCAGUUGAAGUGUAGGAGAUGCUGCCGCGGCUACGGCUAACCAUCGGACGGGCCCGCCCCCUGGAGGCGGAUCCACGGAGCGCCGUCACUCACUGAACCACUCGAUUGGCCGGGAAGAGAACAGCAAAAAAUAAAACCGGUGAUCUUUUGCCCAAACCUCUCCACUGGUGACACUUUCCAGCUGGAUGUGUUGUACUUGUGUAAACAGUUUUUUUUCCCCAUCCAUGUGUUUUCUCCUUCCACACACACACACACACACACACACACACACACGUGUUGCAGGUGUGCAAAGUUCAAUCCAGUGACUCGACCGUUUACCUGUUGUAGUGUUGUAGCAAGUAGCACUAGCUGCUGGCAGGAAGUUGUCAUUUCAAACUGUCUUAACUAGUUUGCUCGGUUAAUGGUGUCUAUUUAAAUGUGCCAUCCUCGUAACGUUGGUGUUGGAAAGUUAAUGCAACAAAUUGCCAAAAUGAGGAUUUGUGUGUUUGUGAAACAUAAUUGGUGUUAUUCCGGAAACGAUGCUAUGAAAGCUUCCAAUAAAUGCCUUGUCUCACAGGA